AUGGGAGCCCUGCAAAUAUUCCUCUUUCUUCUACUCCUGCACCAGCCCCACCCCCGACUCCUUCCCUUCCCGAUGGACAAUAAGAAAUGUGUUUAUACCCUUCACAUCACGGCUCUGCCGGGUCUUCACAUCCACCUCUCUCAGGAUUUGUCCUCAUCCUCACUUUUGUCCCACGCGUACACAGCAAAGGUUCUCAUCUCCGCAGGGCGUAUCAUUUGUAAUGAUUCAUGUCCAGAGCCUGUUGGAAGAGAGAAGGCCCUGGAGGUGCUUAGGCAUCCCGGCGUGAGAGACAACACGCUCCUGAAGAAUAGAUUGGCCACAUGCGGCAAAGCACAAGUGGGAGCCGCGGAGCUCAUGGAGAGAGGGGACGGUGCACGCGAACAGACGUCUCCCACGGGCGCCAGUCCUCGGAUCCUCAACCCUCUGCGUUUGUUUGCCAGGGCCUCCCCGGGGUUCAAAAGCAACAUGAAGGAAAUGUCCUAUAUACAGAAUAUGGAGGACUUCUGGGACUGGUUAUCUAACCAGACAGAUGUUCAGGAUCCUCAGGCCAGAACUAAACGCAGGCCCAUCGUCAAGACCGGCAAGUUCAAAAAAAUGUUCGGGUGGGGUGACUUCCACUCCAACAUCAAGACGGUCAAACUCAAUCUUCUGAUCACGGGCAAGAUCGUGGACCACGGCAACGGCACCUUCAGCGUUUACUUCCGCCACAACUCCACUGGCCUGGGCAACGUGUCAGUUAGCUUGGUACCGCCGUCCAAGGUGGUGGAGUUUGAGAUAGCCCAGCAGUCCACGCUAGAAACUAAAGACACAAAGUCCUUCAACUGCCGCAUUGAGUACGAGAAGACGGACCGCAACAAGAAGACGGCGCUGUGCAGCUUUGACCCGUCCAAGGUUUGCUAUCAGGAGCAGACGCAGAGUCACGUGUCCUGGCUCUGCUCCAAGCCCUUCAAGGUCAUCUGUAUCUAUAUCGCUUUCUACAGCGUGGACUAUAAACUGGUGCAGAAAGUCUGCCCUGACUACAACUACCACAGCGACACGCCAUAUUCCUCCACAGGAUGA